AUGCCUUUACAAUUGUCAGAGUCAGAAUCCUCCUGCAAUCCCCUCUAUGAAGACGCUCCGGACGAUAUAUCAUCAACGUUGUUCGAUGCACAAGUCGUUGAGGUUACAUCAGAAAAUGUAUCUGAAACCCAGAAGCCUGGAAACUUCGAUCCCACUGACAACUUGACACCAAGUUCUCCUGCUUUAUAUGAUAGCAUUUUAUGCAGUCUGCAGGAUGAUCAACUUGAAGAUAUUCCUGGACUAAGUGAUGCAUAUGAUUCAGAAGAGAGUCUUAGUGACCUUUUAGAACUUUUGAAUGGUGAGGCGUUUGACCAUGAUGUUUCUACAACGAACUUCAAUUAA